AUGUACAAAUUAGCGACUACCAAUGGAUACACCUGGAAUUAUGUGAUCUAUACUGGUGAGCAAGAUACAACGGCUGGUCUUGGACAUGCUCAAGCAGUCGUAAUGAAUUUAUGCGAUGGUCUUUCGGGAUGUUAUCGAACCGUAGUAGCUGACAACCUCUUUACCUGUAUUUCUCUUGCGAAACGUUUGUUGGGACAUGAUACGUAUCUUAUUGGAACAUUGAGAAGUAAUCGUGCUGGAUCUGGACAUAAAGUUGUUCAGAGAAAGCUCAAGCGUGGUGAAGUGUAUUGGCUCCAGAGUAAAAACAGCAUAAAAUCGAUCAAAUAGAAAGAUAAAAGAGACGUUUUGAUGAUAUCUACAAAGCCAUCUCAUUCAGCAACUGUGGUGGACAUCAGAAAAACCAAUAAACUAAACGAGCGCAUCAUGAAGCCACAAGUUUUUCUCGAUUACAAUGAAGGGAGACAAAGUAGUGAUUUAUCAGAUCAACUAUCAACAUACUAUACAUGUCUCAGACGGUCAAUAAAAUGGUAUAAAAAGUGGCAUUUGAAUUGAUAUUUGGAACCGCAGUAGUUAAUAGUUAUCUGAUUUACAAGGAAAAUUAUGCUGCAAG